AUGACAUCUUUCCGUGCUGUAUAUUACACAAUCACCCUAAUGGCUGUUGUCAUCAUCUACCUGAACUCUUUUGCUAACGAAGACAAGCCCCGGCUCGCCAAAGAAAACCGGCCAUACACCAUCCUAAGCACCGCCGAAAACCUCAAAGACUAUGAUCGUCUCUGUGUCAACGGAGCAGAUAUCAGAUGCUUCGGCGAAUCCAUUUGCAAAAUCGCCCGGAUCACUUGUGUACCCAACACAACAUGCGAUUCAAUAAUGCCAAUCUGCACGGACCGGGAGAAUUUAUCAAUUCUACUCGCUCUAAUCGCUGUUGGGAGCUGUGGUGUUAUUAAACUUACUGAAGACCAGCCGAUUACUCACGAAGACCCAUUAUGUGGUUCGGAUAAGUGCCCGGAUAAUUACAGAUGUGAACUCCCAGACCCAAACACGGACUGUGACAAUGAAGACGGCUGCUCAACUGCUCCAAAGUGUAUUGCUAUUCCAAUCCGCAAACCAAUAUGCGCGGAGAACGAGGUGCUCAAAACCUGCGGCUCGGCGUGUGAACCAACGUGUGACAACCCGGAACCGGAAUGCAUUUCCACGUGCAUGACAGACGUCUGUCAAUGCAGGGAAGGAUUUGUUCGGGAUUCGACAUCAGACCAGUGUGUGGAGAAAAACUCUUGCAAAAAGUGCACACGUGAAUGCUCUGAAAACGAAAAAUGCGAGUUUGUAACAUUGCCUUGUGCGCAGGAACCAUGUGCAGUGGUUGAUAAGACUCUAACCUUUCUACUAUGCCUCAUUGCAGUCAGCAGUGCUACUAAGACAUGUGGAGAAAACGAAGAACUUGUUGGCUGCCAUAACACUUGUGAGCCGCAAUGCGGGUAUACUCCGAAAGCCUGCACCGAGCAAUGCAUCAUGAACGCUUGCGACUGCAAGGAUGGAUUUGUCCGUAACUCGCUGGGAAAGUGUGUAGAAGUCUUCCAGUGUACCAAAGAAACCACCAAGUGCCCGGAGAAUGAGGAGUUCAAGGGAUGCGGUACAGCGUGUGAGCCGACUUGUGAGAAUCCGGAUCCGAGGGCUUGCACCAAGCAGUGUUUAGUGAAUGUGUGUCAGUGCUCCAAGGGAUUCGUUCGUCAUGGAUUCAGAUGUAUUGCGAAGGGGGAUUGCCCGAAGUGA